AGUGUCGCCGCCCUGUUGGAACGGAAUAAUAGUACGUAACAUUUCUCAAACCCUUUUGAGCCUUUGUUCCACAUUCCACACCCAAAACCCCUUUUAGCCUAAAGUCUAAACGCCUUCAAACUCUCUUUCUCAAAAAUCUUUUUCUCCAAGCUUCUUCCCUCUUCCUCCUAUUUUAAUCUCCCCUCCUCCCCCUUCACUAAUUCCCCAAAUCUCACAUUUUAAAGAGGGAGAGAAAAAGUAGUGAGUUGAAUGGCAGGAGGUGCUUCAGCUGCUGGUCCGAGUGUUCGAAUAGUGGUUGCAGGUGAUGCUAAAACUGGAAAGUCUAGCUUGAUUCUCACAGCCGCUACGGAUGCUUUUCCGCCCAGUGUUCCUCCGGUCUUGCCGCCUACCAGGCUUCCUGAUGAUAUUUAUCCCGAUAAAGUGCCUGUAACUAUUAUUGAUACGUCUUCCAGUCCUGAAAAUAGAGGUAAACUUGUGGAAGAACUGAAGAAAGCUGAUGCAGUUGUACUGACUUAUGCUUGUGAUAAGCCUGCGACACUUGAUCGGCUGAGUACUUUCUGGCUUCCUGAACUCCGCAGAUUGGAGGUUAGGGUUCCUGUCGUUGUUGUGGGUUGCAUGCUAGACAAGAGGGAUGAACAGUACCCUGUCAGUUUGGAGCAGGUGAUGUCACCAAUUAUGCAACAAUUUCGAGAGAUUGAAACAUGUAUUGAAUGUUCAGCAUUAAGACAUAUCCAGAUUCCAGAGGUUUUUUACUAUGCUCAAAAAGCUGUGCUUCAUCCAACAGCUCCAUUAUUCGACCAGGAGGCCCAAACUUUAAAGCCUCGAUGUGUCAGGGCUUUGAAGCGGAUAUUUAUUCUUUGUGAUCUUGAUAGAGAUGGUGCCCUAAGUGAUGAGGAGUUGAAUGAUUUUCAGGUCAAAUGCUUCAAUGCUCCACUACAGCCUUCUGAAAUAGUUGGUGUUAAGAGAGUCGUGCAAGAGAAAUUACAUGAAGGUGUCAAUGAACGGGGUCUUACGUUGACAGGUUUCCUCUUUCUUCAUGCACUGUUUAUUGAAAAAGGGCGUCUGGAGACAACCUGGACUGUACUGCGAAAAUUUGGCUACAACAAUGAGAUCAGGCUGAGUGAGGAUCAGCUUCCUCCCCCCAUCAAGAGACAUCCUGACCAGAGUGUGGAGCUGACCAAUGAUGCAUUGGACUUCCUCAGAAGAAUCUUCUUCACAUUUGACAUUGAUGGUAAUGGUGCUCUUCGGUCCAAUGAGCUUGAUGACUUGUUUUCCACUGCUCCAGAGAACCCCUGGAGUGAAGGUCCAUAUAAGGAUGCUGCAGAGAAGGAUGCCUUGGGAGGACUCUCUGUUGAUAGUUUUCUUUCUGAGUGGGCAUUGAUGACACUUCUUGAUCCCAUUUAUAGUGUGGAGAAUCUUAUAUACAUUGGAUAUGCUGGUGAGCCUUCGUCUGCUAUUCGUGUAACUCGAAGAAGACGAAUAGAUCGCAAGAAGCAACAAUCAGAUAGAAAUGUUUAUCAGUGUUUUGUUUUUGGGCCAAAAGAGGCUGGAAAAUCGGCCAUUCUGAAUUCGUUUAUUGGAAGGCCUUUCCCAGAAGAGUACCAAUCAACCUCUGAUAAUCAAUAUGCAGUAAAUGUUGUUGAUUUAGGGGGGGUUAAAAAAUUUCUUGUGCUACGAGAGAUACCAGAAGAUGGAGUGAAGAGGCUCCUAUCUAGCAAGGAUGCUUUAGCAGAUUGCGAUGUAGCAAUUUUUGUUCAUGACAGUUCUAGUGAAACAUCGUGGAAGAGAUCAGCAGAUUUACUGGUGGAUGUUGCUACCCAUGGAGAGGCCACUGGAUAUGAGGUGCCUUGUCUAAUCGUAGCAGCUAAGGAUGAUCUGGAUGCUUAUUUGACCGAAAUUCAAGAUUCUACCAGGGUUAGCCAGGAUUUGGGAAUAGAAGCUCCUAUACCUAUCAGCACGAAGCUUGGGGAUUUCAGUAAUUUGUUCCGGAGGAUAGUUAAUGCAGCGGAACGUCCACAUUUGAGCAUUCCUGAAACUGAAGCGGGAAGAAGCCGUAAGCAAUAUCAUCGGCUCAUCAAUCGAUCUCUCAUGUUUGUAUCAGUUGGAGCUGCUGUAGCUGUUGUGGGAUUGGCAGCUUACCGAGUUUAUGCUGCACGGAAGAACUCAUCCAGUUGAGAUGGUGUGAAGCAAAAUAUGCCAGUCUUGAUUUCAAAUAUCAAGUUUCUCUGAUAUCUCGUGCAAUGGUUUAUUGUUUGGUUUUCUGCUAGUAUGCAUUUCUCCGAAUUCCAACUUGGAGGAAAAUGCAAUUAUUUUUGUGAUCACUGCUUUAGAUCUGUUACAUAUUAGCUGCUUUUUCUUUGUAGCAUCUCAGUUAGAAAGUAAUAGACGUGCCUUCUUUUCAAAGUGGAGCAGCCCCAUUGCUGGAAGUGUUGAUUUGCUGCAAAAUAAAAUUUGUUAAAAGAAAAAAUUGGAAGUAUCUCACAUUUUUAAAGAAAAUUUCAGUUAAA